AUGGAUACCGCUCCCAUCAAGCUCGCGAAGAUCAACCGCGUGUUGGGCCGCACGGGCAACACGGGUAACGUGACCCAGGUGCGCGUCGAGUUCAUCGACGACCCGAACCGCUCCAUCAUCCGCAACGUCAAGGGCCCCGUGCGCGAGGGCGACAUCCUCUGCCUGCUCGAGUGGGAGCGCGAGGCCCGGCGACUCCGGUAA